CACUCAUUAUGAUUUCUAUAUCUAUAUAUAUAUUUCGUUAAUAGUUAUUUUUUAAUUUGGGGGUGAUUUGUAUCAUUUUUUUGUGAGUACGUGGAUUUUUUAGUGAAUGAAUUAGCAGCGUUUCUUAUACUACUAGUCCUGGUACUAGAAUGCAAAAAUUAUUAGUCCAAUAAAAAAAUUCAGAAAAAAUAUAUUUUUUUUAGGUAAAAUAUUAUUUUUAUUUUUAUUUUUUUUUUUGGUGUUUGAUAGAAGUUUAAGUCGAGAUUGACGUCGAAUUUACGUAAAUAACUUACAAAAAUUGAUGAAUAAAUUAUUUUUAUUAAAAAAUAAAAAAAUAUUUUACAUCCAAAUGGAGCCUUACUACCAAUAAUCAAUCUCAUGUCACAUACAUAUACAUAUAUAUGUAGGGCUGUUUUGGUGCCGUCAUGCCAUUACGCGUUUCUUGUUGCCUUUUAGCCUUCUACAAAUUAGUUGUUUAAGAUUUUCACUCUUUUACUUUUUAUACACGCACGCACGCACACACAGAGAUGUGUGUAAUGUGUAGUGGUGAACUUUAUAUUUGUUCCCCCCUCAAUUGGGUUCUUACAUGUGGUUCUAUCGUCUCACCAAAUUUCCUCUUCUUGCUUUCUAAAUUAUUUUUGGACUAAUUCUUGGGUACAUAUACAAGAGAAUCGAGAGGGUUUGCCCAAUUUCUGUUAAUUAAUGGAAGUACAAUCAGUUUAUUAAAACUUAAUUGUUUUGAAUUCAUGAUUUAUGUAAUGCUAUUUUCUAGCCGCUUUUAUGGUGGGGGAUCAUUCAUGACACCCUCUCUUUACAUUAACCUUUAAUCUGGCUAAUUUAAUGGGUGCUGAUUUACCAACUUUGUUUGGGUUUGUGGAGUAUGGACUUUCUUUCACAUUUAAGUCUUCUUGUGAGCUGAGAGAGGUAGUGGAUGGAUAUGGUGGUUUUGGUUUUGGUUUUGCAGCAAAACAAUUUGGGAGAAUGAAGAUGUUUGCAGUUAAGGUGGAGGAUGGAAAGGAAGGGCGAGAUGGGGAGCCCUCCGUCGGUCCGGUAUAUCGAAAUCUACUGGCCAAGAAUGAGUUCCCACCUCUACAUUUUGAUUUGGGUACAACUUGGGAUAUCUUCAAGGUGUCUGUUGAUAAGUUUCCCAGUAAUAGGAUGCUUGGAUGGCGUGAAUUUAUUGAGGGGAAGGUAGGGCCUUAUGUCUGGAAAACAUACAAGGAAGUUUAUGAGGAAGUCCUGCAUGUUGGGUCUGCAUUACGGUCAUGUGGUGCUGCACCUGGCUCCAAAAUUGGAAUAUAUGGAUCAAAUUGCCCUCAAUGGAUUGUGGCAAUGGAGGCUUGCAGUGCCCACAGUUUAAUUUGUGUGCCUCUAUAUGAUACCCUUGGGCCAGGGGCUGUAAAUUUCAUAAUAGAUCAUGCCGAGAUUGAUUUUGUUUUUGUCCAAGACAAGAAACUGAAAGAACUAUUGAAUCCUGAGUGUACACAUGCUCAAAGAUUAAAAUUGGUGGUUUGCUUCACUACAUUUAGAGAGGAAGAGAAGGACAAGGCAACCUCCAUUGGAGUAAAGCCAUUUUCAUGGAAUGAGUUCCUUCAUAUGGGAAAAGAAUAUCCAUCAGAACUCGUGCCGCCUCAGCCAUUUAACAUAUGUACAAUAAUGUACACUAGUGGUACUAGUGGAGAUCCAAAAGGGGUUAUAUUAACUCAUGAAAACAUUGCAACAUGCAUAGAAGGCGUUGAUCUCUUUAUGGAACAAUUUGAAGACAAGAUGACAGUUGAUGAUGUUUAUAUAUCUUUCCUGCCCCUGGCUCAUGUCCUUGACCGCAUGAUAGAAGAAUAUUUUUUCCACAAGGGUGCUUCUGUUGGCUAUUAUCAUGGAAAUUUGAAUGCACUGAGGGAUGAUUUGAUGGAGUUGAAACCAACUUUUUUUGCUGGUGUACCUCGAGCUUUUGAAAGAGUGCAUGAAGUCUAUCCUUCAGGUGUCAUCAAAGCGCUAGAAGAACUCAAUCCAUUUAGGAGGAGAAUGUUUGACAUUUUUUACAAAUACAAACUUUUUUGGAUGAAUUUGGGAUUUAAACAGAAAAAUGCAUCACCUUUAGCGGAUCUGCUGGCUUUUCGGAAGGUCAAAGCUAGGUUAGGUGGUCGGAUUCGUCUAAUAGUAUCUGGAGGCGCACCUUUAAGCACCGAAGUGGAAGAAUUCUUGCGGGUUACUACCUGUGCUUUUGUACUACAAGGCUAUGGAUUGACAGAAACUUGUGGUCUGACCACUCUUGGCUUUCCGGAUGAAAUGUCCAUGAUUGGAACUGUUGGUUCUGUAUUUGUUUAUAGCGAGUUGCGUCUAGAAGAGGUUCCAGAUAUGGGUUACAAUCCACUUGGAGAUCCUCCGCGAGGUGAGAUAUGCAUCAGAGGGAAAACUGCCUUUGCUGGGUACUACAAGAAUCCAGAAUUGACGAGAGAGACGAUGAGAGAUGGGUGGUUCCAUACAGGUGACAUAGGGGAGAUGCAACCCAAUGGAGUUGUAAACAUAAUUGAUAGGAAAAAGAAUCUCGUGAAGCUAUCCCAAGGGGAGUAUGUUGCAUUGGAGCAUCUGGAAAAAGUUCAUGGUUUUACCCCCAUCGUGGAAGACAUUUGGGUCUAUGGGGACAGCUUCAAGUCAAUGCUGGUUGCUGUAGUUGUACCACAUGAAGAGAACACCAAAAGGUGGGCACAUCUAAAUGGCCACAGGGGCUCCUUCUCUGAAUUAUGUUCCCUUAGCCAGCUAAAAGAUCAUGUUGUCCUUGAGCUAAAGUCUACAGCAGAGAGAAACAAGCUGAGAGGUUUUGAAUAUAUCAAAGGCGUCAUUUUGGAACCUCAGCCCUUUGAUGUGGAAAGGGAUUUAGUGACUCCAACAUUAAAGAAAAGAAGAGAUAAACUGCUCAAGUGUUACAAGGUAGAAAUUGAUGAACUCUAUCAGAAAUUGAGUCAGCUAGCGAGAUAGGUAUUGAAAUUUAUUAUAGUCAGUGGUUGUUGUAUCAGUACGUACUGCUUAAUUAUGCACUGUAGUAGUAUUUGUUGUAUCAGUACGUACUGCUUAAUUAUGCAAUGUAGUAGUAUUUGUUGACGUACGUGGGUGCUACAGUUUCUUCCAAGUCUGUUAAAUUAUGAAGGAAUGUCCUGUGUCUGCUACUAAACCAGUCAAUAUGUUUGCAAUAUAUCAUAUCCAAAACAAUGCUAGCUAUAUGCUGUGAAGAAGAGUAUGUACUCAGACUAAUGUAUGCAUCCACAGACAAUAAUUGCCCAGAUGUAUUAAUUGUCAGUGACUGUUAUUAGUGAGCUCAUUAUAGGUUUAAUUAUUGGUCCUCCUACCUGUAUCUCUUGGUAUAUAUAUAUAUAAUAGUUGCAACGAGUUUCCCUUU